CGCACGGAGGGGAGAGGGGACGGGUAGAACGGGCCGCGCGGCACUUGCGCGGUUGCCGCAUCACGGGAGCAUCACCGCGCGAUGCUCGUUCAUGUGGAGGGCUCGGCCACCGCCUUCCGCUCGUCCGCCGGAGAAUCGAAGAGACGAAUUUUUUAAAAAAUAACCUGCGUUCGCCCGCCAUGGACCAAGCUCUCCGCCGCGUUGCCGUGUUAACACCGUAAUUAUUCAACAUUCAAAUAUGAAUCAUGUAUCUGAUAUUUCUUCCCAAUUUGCUCGCAAGCAUCCUGGCUUCCUGGCUCAGCCCGGUUGGUUUAACGUCGACUGUUCCCACGGCGGCGGGCAAUGAGUCCGCGAGCGACGCGGUCACGGCUGCGGCGUCCGGGGGCGACAGCGCGCCGCCGCCGCCGCCGCCGCCGCAGCACGAGAUCACCUACCCGUCCAGGCUCAUCUACUACCUGAACGAGGAUUCGGAAAGCACGUAUCAUGACCUGGACACGAGGACGCGGAGCCAGGGCGCUGACAGCCAGGUCAUCCACCUCGCCCAAGCCAGCUUUCAGCUGGAGGCCUUUGGCUCCAGAUUCAUCCUGGACCUGACAUUAAACAAUGACUUGCUGUCUUCAGAUUACGUGGAGAUCCACUAUGAAGAAGGCAAACCUGUUUUGUCAAAGGGUGGGGAGCACUGUUACUACCAUGGACAGCUGAGAGGGAUUCAGAAUUCCCGCGCAGCACUGUCCACAUGCAACGGCCUUCAUGGAAUGUUUGACGAUGGGCAAUAUGUGUACCUCAUUGAGCCUUUACAGCAGACUCAUUCGAUAGACUCAGCUGCUCGGCCACACAGCCUGCGCAGGUCGCACACGCUGCAGUGGGCCGAAGACCCAGACACUCUGACAGAAGAGGAGAUGUUGCUGUCCGAGCUCUCCGAGAUUUCUUGGCUGAAGCGCAGGAAAAAGCGUGCUAUGCCAAGAAAUGUUUUUGAAGAGAUGAAAUACCUGGAGAUCAUGAUAGUCAGCGACCACAACUUGUACAAGAGGCACAAGAGCAAGCAACACACCAAGAAUUUUGCCAAAUCAGUGGUGAAUUUUGUGGAUGCUGUCUAUAAGGAGCAUCUGCACACGCGUGUGGUUCUGGUCGCCGUGGAAAUCUGGACUGAUCAGGACCAUAUUCCUAUUAGUGUGAAGCCCCUUGAGAUGCUGCGUGACUUCUCCAAAUAUCGGCAGCACAGCAUCAAGCAGCACGCGGAUGCCGUGCACCUCUUCUCCAAUGUGACAUUUCACUAUCGCAGAAGCAGCGCUGCCUAUUUUGCAGGCGUGUGUUCUAUGACUCGAGGAGUAGGAGUCAACGAGUAUGGCACCACCUGGACAAUGGCCGCCGCCCUCUUGCAAAGCCUGGCCCAAAACCUGGGCAUCCAGUGGGACCCAGCCGCCAAAAGAAAAGAGUGUGGUUGUGUGGAGUCAUGGGUGGGCUGCAUCAUGGAGGACACUGGGGUGCAGCAUCCUCGCAAGUUCUCCAAGUGCAGCAUUUCUGACUACAAGGAGUUCCUGCUAAAGGGAGGGGGUUCUUGUCUCUUCAACCGACCCACCAAGCUCUUUGAGGCAACAGAGUGUGGGAAUGGGUACGUGGAGGUGGGAGAAGAGUGUGACUGUGGAGGCCGAGCGGUGAGUCCCUUCAUCGGCAGUCUCAUUAGCGUAAUACUACUUCAUUACUUCAGAAAGCACAUGUGUGUCCAUGUUUGUUCUGGUAUGCCUUUGUGGUUUGUAUGUAUGUGUGUUUUGCUGUGUGUUUCUCUUUUUCAGGAGUGCUAUAAGGAGUGCUGUAAGAAGUGCUCUCUCUCUAAUGGUGCUCACUGCAGUGAUGGCCCAUGCUGUAACACCACUUGCCUGUUCUACCCACGAGGAUACGGCUGUCGCUACGCUGUUAACGAUUGUGACAUUUCCGAAACGUGCACGGGAGACUCUGGGCAGUGCCCACCUAAUCUACAUAAGCAGGAUGGCUACUCCUGUCACCUCAACCAGGGUCGCUGCUAUAGUGGUGAAUGCAAAACAAGAGACAGUCAAUGCAGAUACAUCUGGGGCCCAAAAGCCUCAGCAUCUGAGAAGUUCUGUUAUGAGAAGCUGAACACCGAGGGGACAGAGAAGGGCAACUGUGGGAAGGAUGGAGAGAAAUGGAUCCAAUGCAGCAAGCAUGAUGUGUUUUGUGGGUAUCUCCUCUGUGCCAACAUUGGUCGGGACCCUCGUAUUGGCAUGAUGAAAGGUGACAUCACGCCCACCUCCUUCAACCACCAAGGCAGGCUGGUGGACUGCAGUGGUGGACAUGUCCUCCUGGAUGAUGAAACAGAUCUGGGAUACAUAGAGGAUGGGACACCAUGUGGGCCUUCCAUGAUGUGCCUUGACCGCAAGUGUCUGCCCAUCCAGUCCUUCAACAUGAGUGCCUGUCCUAGUGGCUCCCAUGGUCAGGUGUGCUCCGCCCAUGGGGUGUGCAAUAAUGAGGCAACUUGUACCUGUGAUGCUACCUGGGCAGGCACUGACUGCAGCAUGCCAGACCCCCCAAAGGAGCCCCCACCUAGUGAAGACGAAGGACCCAAGGGUCCUAGUGCCACCAACCUUAUAAUAGGCUCCAUUGCGGGGGCCAUCCUGGUGGCGGCCAUUGUGCUGGGGGGGACAGGAUGGGGCUUUAAAGCCGGACCCCCGGAUUGGCCUGCCAGCUGCCAUUGCUGCCUGCCUCACAGACCUGGUACAGACAUGGUGUGCUGCACUGCAUGCCCUGUCCACAGUGAUAGCAGUGUCCUCUGCUCGCCUGCUAUUGGACCAGAACAGCAAUAGCAAAGGCAUAUGCUUGCCUGCUAUUGGAUCAGAUGCAUGACAGACUGCUGGAUGCCCCACAGGAAGCCACAGUACGGGGAGGUUGUGCCAAAGCCCUUGGUGUUGUUGUCGUUGUGCCUAUUGUAAUGUGAUGUCCUCUUGCCCUUCCUUUCUAAAUUUUGUUAUGUUUUCCUGGGAAUGUUUGGCGUCUUUUCUGUUUAGAGUUGCAUUUGCAUACUAAAAAUCCCCUUUCCCCUUUUCCUCUUUUUAAAGAAAAAACGGUCCCAUAGAUUAGUGCUUCUCCUGCUUACAUCACACCAUCACUAGCAAGUAAUAUGUCACUCAAAAAGGAACUGUGUAAAAGUGCAUUCUGAGAAACUGAUUAAUUCCUCAGUUACCUCUUCUGGAUGCCAUCAUCUUAAAAGCAGAUAUGUAAUAUCAGUAAUGCCUGCACUGAGUGAUAAAAAAUUUAAAUGAACGUCUAAUAGACAUCCGAACACUGGCUCCUCAUAUUGUGAACAGUUGUGUCAUGAAUUUUUGAAUAUACGGUCUUCCCCCACCUUAUGAAGAUGAAUUCUCAUAAGUGAAAGACAUAAUCAUCUUUAGUUUCAGUGGUAAAAAUUUUUUGUGUUCCUGAGCACCAAAACCCACACCCAAUUAUGAUAUAGUAUCACCAAGUGGCACUCAAAUGGACACAAUUACAUUAGGAGUUAAUGCUAGUUGUCAUAACACCAAAAUAAAACACUUUACCUUACACUGUAUUACAGUUACACUGUAAUACUGUAUGUAUCGACCUACGCUCCAUCAGCUUUUAUAACCAUUAUGUUCCGUACGCAAACGCUUGGAAACAAAACAUAUCAUACUGAGCAACUGUGCAGUAAUUCAGCUUUUAACAGAACAGAGGAGUAAAAAGAAAUCAAUAACAGCAAUGCAAAUGAAUUCACACUGGCGAGUUAACGGUACCUCACAGCAGCUGAGCUGUGCGAUUUGACGUGGGCUCGAUUCCUGCUCGGUCUAUGUGAAGUCUGAAGUUUCUCCCCGUGUUCAGUUGGGUUUUCUCCCGAAGGCGUGUUUCUGCCAAAUUGGUGAUACUAAAUUGCUGGUAAUGUGUGCGGUUGUGUGUGUUUCAUUGCUGCGGCGUAGAGGUGGAAGAAUGAUUGUAGGGAAUUCAGUGUCGUGUGUCUAGUGUAAGCUACCUUUGAGUUACUUACUAGAUUGUUACUAGUAUCCUAGUAACUGGAAUGAAUACUAAAUAGUAAGUUACUAGUUAGGAUAGUAGAGAGAUUAACUACUAGUUAAUCAUUGUAAGUCACUUUGAAAGAAGUGUCUGCUGAAUAAGUAGGCGUAUUAAACUUAUUAAGUGAAAUUCUCCUAACUCAAAUGGACGUACGGUAUAUCGGCGUAUCUUGGACAAUGACUGUUUACUUUCAGUUGCAUUUUCUCAUCUUUUUUUUGUUGUAUUUCAGACUGUAGCAAAUGCAACUAGUAUCGUCCAGUCUGCCGAUAGAUGGCGGUAAAGCAAACAGGAGUGUGGCAUCACCUUAAUUCAAUGUGCUUCCACAGUGUUUACACCUUGUGUCUGGAAUUUGUGCAGCUGAUCAGUGACAAGAUGAUUAAUGCGGCACUUUUGGGGUGAAUCAAUCAACAGUUGACAUUAGAUUGAAUUUUUGUGCAUUUUCCUCUGAGAUUAAUACAUUUUUAUCUACAUCUAAAUAGGAUUUUGAGGAGACAGUGUAUGUUUAUGUCAUUUUGUAUUAAUUUAAUGUAGCUUGCAGUCAAUAAAUCAAAAGCAUUUUUAUUGCUAUAUCUAAGAGUUUUACAGAGUCUGACCCCCUGAAUAGCUCCAAUGACAUCAGUGUUAUUAACCUUUUAUUGACUGUGACUUAGUUGUUGAGGUGAAUUUUGGAGUUAUGAACAAUUUAGAUGAUUUCCAUUCCCAAUUGUGUUCACAAGUUGAGGAGCCAGUGUAAAGCGUCACAACCAGUGGACAGCUGGGGAUUAUAUAUACUCAGUUCUUUUGAGAAGUUAGUGGCAGCUGUGGUGCAGGGAGGAGGUGUGGGCUCUAAUCUGUGGAGAAUGCAACUAAAUCAACUGGCUGACCCUAACUCCUGUCUCUUUUUUCUCACUCAUAUCUUCCCACAACAAGAAAUGUCAAGAAGCGCAGGUAUGACCCCAAUGCCAGUGCCAUCUAAAAGAAGAUGGGAGACAGCCAGUGAAAGGAUUUUCUUU